UCACUAACUAGUCAUAAAGUAGAGUUAAAAAUCGUAACGUAUUAAGUAUGGUUCAGUACUCUGUAUUUCAACAGAUCUCUAAUGAUCCACAGUACACAUAUAAGCUUAUGCAACUACCGCCAGAAUUAUUAACAUACCUUAAGAAUGACAAUACGGACAAUGAGUUAGUAUUGAAAUCUACAAUCAAUUCUGAUCAAGUUGUUAUCUGUUCAGACUCUAAGACAUGGAGACUUCGACAGAUGAACCAUUCAAACACCGCAUUGAUAUGUGACAAUAUGAAUAUAAAUCUUAAUCAUAAAAUUACAGAUCCUUUGAUUCCUGGAUUGGAAGGUGAAAAGAUAAAUCUGUUUGAGAAUCAACUAAUAGGGUUUAAUCUGAGUUCCUAUGAAUAUGAAUUAACUCCAAUUGCCGGAAAAAUUGAGAUUGAAAAUCUUCCUCGAUAUUCAGGUGAUAAGUUAAGUGAUGAUACUCUUAAUGUAGGAACUGUGAAUUGGACUUUGGCUGAGAUUCUUGAGAAUUCUCUAAUCUCAAAGCAUGAAUUCUUUGCUCAAUGGUAUGAAUUAGGAGGUUGUAUUGUUGAUGAUUAUGCAUACAUAUUAACCAACGAAUACAUAACUGAAAUAUUAUACUUAUUAAUAACCAUUCUCAUACUGGAAGAGUUUAAUUAUAAAGAUGAUAAAGCAAAUAUUGAUUCGAUUGAAAAAUCCGUAAUAAAUCAGAAUCAUACAAUUAAUAGAUCAAUAUUGGAAACUAUUAUCCACAAAUUUGGAGAUGAUAUCUCCAGCACUACAUUUAAACUUAAUAAUUCUAAAAUAGCUCAAUGGUUUGGUAUCCAAACAUUAUCAAGAACAUCAAGUAAUUUAAUAAAUCCUAAAGAUUUCCUUCUUCAAUGGAAGUCAUCACUACCUUCAUUUUAUAAUGUAUCACUUGAUAUGCAUGAUUUAAGAGGAAAUUACUGUUGUCCUAUCAAGGAUAGAAUCUUAUAUGUAGAUCAAAUUGGAUUAUCAUCCAAUUUAUCUAUACGAUUUGUUCAAUUAUUUCAAUUAGAUAAGAGUUGGAAUUAUGAUGACUUCAUUCCCUUCAUUAAAGAUUUCGUGCCUCAUGGUAAAAAGGUUGAUUCCAUUAUUUUAAAGUAUGCGAAGAAGAAGAAACUCACUAAGGAUAAAUUUUUAGUUGUUCCUCGUUAGUUCAUAGAUAGAAAAUAUCGUUUAAUAAAUAUUUUUUUGUUCAUAGAUAGUAUUUUUGCUUAUAGACAAUAAAUAAAAUAUAUGUAGAGGC